AUGGCGGCCUCUGGGGCCCUGCCCACCGGCUUUGGGGAGCUCGAGGUGCUGGCUGUGGGGACAAUGCUGCUGGUGGAAGCGCUCUGUGGUCUCAGCCUCAACGGCCUGACCAUCGUCUCUUUCUGCAAGAUCCCGGAGCUGUGGACUCCCAGACACCUCCUCGUGCUGAGCCUGGCCCUGGCAGACAGCGGGCUCAGCCUCAACACCCUCAUCGCGGCUGUGUCCAGCCUCCUUCGGAUCUCAAAUUGGCGCUGGCCCUACGGCUCCGGAGGCUGCCAGACUCACGGCUUCCAGGGCUUUGUGACAGCGCUGGCCAGCAUCAGCGGCAGCGCAGCCAUCGCUUGGGGACACCACCAGCACUACUGCACGCGCAGCCAGCUGGCGUGGAGCACGGCCAUCCGCCUGGUGCUCUUCGUGUGGUUGUCUUCUGCCUUCUGGGCAGCACUGCCCCUCCUGGGCUGGGGCCAUUAUGACUAUGAGCCCCUAGGGACCUGCUGCACCUUGGACUACUCCAAGAGGGACAGGAACUCUACCAGUUUUCUCUUCACCAUGGGCUUCUUCAGCUUCCUCAUACCCCUCUUCAUCACAUUCACAUCCUACCAGCUCAUGGAGCAGAAACUGGCAAGGAGCAGCCGUCUCCAGGUGAACACCUCUCUGCCAGCCCGGACGCUGAUGCUCUGCUGGGGCCCCUAUGUGUUCCUGCACCUUUAUGCAGUCAUCGCCGACGCAAGCUCCCUCUCCCCCAAACUGCAGAUGGUGCCUGCCCUCAUUGCCAAAACAGUGCCCACAAUCAAUGCCAUCAACUACGCCCUGGGGAGCAAGAUGGGCAGCAGGAGACCCUGGCAGUGCCUCUCACUGCAGAGGAGCAAGAGGGAUUGAGCCCAGUGAGCUGCUCCAAGAUGUUGCUCACACCCAGACCCCCAGCAGGAGGCUGCUGGAUAGCCUGGAAGCCAUACCCCAGAUGCUUGUCCACCAGCCCCAGUGCCCCUGUUGAGCCUGGCCCAGGGCUGGGCACAGGGUUUCAGACACCCAGCUGUGUGGAAGAAAGCUGGAAACCAUGGGAAAGCCACUCUCCAACCCAAGCUACCUGAAUCCUUAAGAUAUGGACAUGGACUUGUAGACUUGAACAAGAGAACAUGUUCACACCAAGCACAUAGAAAAUGCUCCUUAAAUCCGAGCUAUUGGUGUAAAACCUGGGCCAUGCUCUCCAGGGUCUUACACAGAAAGGAGAAAAUGCCCUAGAAUUCCCUUGUGGGGACUCGACCCCAGCUGCCAGCACUCCAAACACUGCUUAUUAAAUCAAGAUCUGGCACCAGGGACUUAACUCUCUGCCCUGCACUUGUGCCCUGGCCUGUGGAACGAGGUGACAGAAAUGUGACUUGAAA